CUUCCUGGUUGAUUCUUCAUCAAUUCUUAUUCAUUACAAAAUGUCAUUUUAACAACAUAGUUGCAUAACUGAUUAUAAAUCAUAGGUUUAAAAUCGACUACUUCAGUGUCUGCAGGCAAUUCGUUAAGUUUACGUUCAGCAUAUGAAUCAACUGGUGACAUUUUUACAACCAAUGAAGACAUUUUGAGCUCAGGAAUGAUCAGAUGUCUAACAACCAGGAAGCACAAGAAGAUGAACUGCUGGCUCUAGCAAGCAUAUAUGAUGAAGAAGAGUUCCGAAGGGCAGAGUCAGGACCGGAGGGCGAGAUCCAUAUGUGUCUUGAGCUUCCUCCUGACUUCAAACUAAUAGUCAAGGACCCAACAUGUAUGGAGUAUGACAUUUCAUUUCUACCCCCUUUGGUUUUGAGUUUUGCACUCCCUGUGGAUUACCCAUCAUUGUCAACUCCAGUUUUUGUUCUAAGCUCCAAAUGGCUCACAAGAGUCCAGAUCUCUGCGCUUUGCAAGAGACUGGACAAGCUUUGGGAGGAAAACAGAGGAAAUGUGGUUCUUUUCACCUGGAUCCAGUUCUUAAAGGAGGAGACUCUGGAAUUCCUGGGCAUCCAAUCUCCACUUGAGAUCCAAAGCAUUGGUGUUCAGUCUCAGUGUCAAUCUGGCCAGAAGCAGGGGGUAAACACUGCUGGAGAUAAAAGUAAACCGCAAGAAUUGGACCCAAGAGCUGUUCAAGAAUUUGAUUCUCGCACAGACAUACUAAACCAGCUGCUGGACUUUGAUGAAGCUCAGAAGCAGAAAGUGUUUGAUGGAAAAUUAUUCUGUUGUGGGAUUUGCUUUUCUGAGAAGCUGGGCUCCAACUGUGUGCUCUUUAAAGAGUGUCAACACGUCUACUGCAAGGACUGCAUGAAGGAAUACUUUCAGAUCCAGAUCAGAGAUGGCAAAGUCCAGUGCCUUAACUGUCCUGAGCCAGAGUGUACAUCCAUAGCCACUCCAGCACAGGUGAAAGGCUUGGUGGGAGAAGAUGAGUUUGCACGUUAUGACCGUCUGCUCCUUCAGUCAAGCCUGGACCUGAUGGCCGAUGUUAUUUACUGUCCCCGCGUGACGUGUUGCAUGGCUGUGAUGGUGGAGCCUGACAACACUUUGGCCAUGUGCCCCUCUUGUCGAUACGCUUUCUGUACUAUCUGCAAGCGAACCUACCAUGGCCUGUCUAUCUGCAAAGAAGUUGAGCUUCGCAGGUUGGAGGAGGAGUACCUUGCUGCCUGUGAAAAGGAGAAGGAACGCCUUCAAAUGGACUAUGAAAAGCUGCUCAUUCAGAGAGAAAUAGAUGAGACUUUGAGUAUGGACUGGAUAAAGGAAAACUGCAAACAAUGCCCAUCUUGUCGCAAGCAUAUACAGAAGGUGCAGGGCUGUAACAAGAUGACGUGUACCUCCUGUUGGAGUUAUUUCUGCUGGAUAUGCCUAACAAAGCUCAACAAAGUGAAUCCCUACACUCACUUCGAUGACCGAGACUCACCAUGCUAUUCCCUAUUGCAUGAGGACAUCCCAAUUGGGCAGCGGGAAGCUGUAGGUGCAGGCAACUGAUCCACCAUAGUUCAGAUGUCUGGAUGUACUUCAUUUUAGAUGUAGUUUUAUUUAUGCAAACAGUAACCCUUAGCCUUGUUAAACCUCAUGAACACCAAAACAACUCAAUUUGUUUACAAGUCAAAGAUGUUACCUGUCUUUUGAUUUUUUACUCUUUAAAAAAACUCAGUGAACCAAAAAUUAUGUUAGAACUAGGACUGUCAAUAGUGAUACAUUUUACUGAUUAAUUAAUCAUAUUAUAUUAAUAAUAAUAAUUAAUAUUAAUAGAAUAAAAAAUAUUAAAAAUUAAUAGAAUGUAAUAUGGAUGUCAGAUGUGUGUUAGCCUGUUGUGUGCUUUGACUACUGAUGUUAAAUUUAACUUUACAGUAGUUUGACCAGCUAAAGCAUUAAGUAUCAUACCUGCAAACUCACAAGAGUUGAAAAAAGUGAUAAGGUUCAGAAUAAAAUCUUUGUAGAGGGUCUGCCCCUCCCCCCCUAAAAAAAUUGAGAAUUUAACAUGAAAAUUAAGCAUUCUGGUUCACUCUGACAAGAAAAUAAAGGGAAAAGGCAGCAUUUGCUUCAAGUGAAAAAAGCCCUUUUAUUAAUUAUAAAAAACAGCCAUGUUUUAAUUCUAUAAAUACAAAAAGUGUUUUUAACAAUAUUUACAUUAAUUAAAUCAAACAAAGUAUAAUCAAUGUAGAUGGACAUCUUACAUUUAGUCCGUGUAACCCUUGACAAUUCAGUUUUCAGACCAUACAAUGCAAAUGCAAUGCAAAAAUGAAAAGAAAAGUCUAAAGUCAUAAUUUAGCGAAUGUAAAUUUGAUAAAAGUGUUACACAGACCUUUUUGAUUUAAUUUAAAUUGUGUAGCAUGACAACGCUGGCUGCGUUUGAAAACUUAGGCAGCUGACUUGUUGCCUCGCUGCCUCAUGAGGCAAUGACUUCGGAGGCAUAAAGGCAUCUCAGAGAAAUGCUUUUGGACACACUUCAUAGGCACCGUAUUUGAAAUAUAAACAGAGAGCGCCUUUGUGAUAACUAAUCACAUAUUAGAAAACUACAAUACUAAUUUCUAGAAUUUUUUUAUUUAAUAACUCUGCGUGUUGCGAUACACUGCUGUUUGUGCUGUACUGCUUAAUUCACAUCUGAAUUUCAGUAUAUUAUAUAAGGUUUUGAGUAUGGAGGGCAUACCAGAGGAUUACAUAAAUAACAUUUCUUAGGAGGAAUACAAUUAGACAAGACAACUGGUGACAUAAAGCUAUCAAACAAACUUAAAAACUUAAAUAAACUAUAAUUAUUUUAUUAAUUUGUUUAAAAAAAUAAAUAUGUGUUUUGAUAGCAGACUUUGGCAAAUGUUAACACUGUUUAACACAGUUUUUAUUUUUAUUUUACUCUCGUCUGAAAUCAUGAAGUUUUUGAGAAGAUGGUCUCCAUUUUAUUUUCAAAUCCCAAUGUUAAAAGGUAUGUGCUGUUGCCCAUCACUGACUUGCAUGCUAACAAGCUUAAUACCAGGUUGGUAAAAGUUUGAUGCGAUAAUGUUGAGAAAAAAAUGUAUCAAAACAAACUUAGUUGACUUACUAACAGAAUACUCUUGAUUUGGCAAACUUUAGCAACUAGUACCUGAGUUAUAAGUCAAUUUAAAAGCAUAACAUCAUUGCAACAUAGGUCAGAAUUGACCUAUGGCUAAGCCACGCCUCCUCCACUCACUCUGACAAACAAUCAACAUUUGGUGACAGGCGCUAUGGCAUCUGUCACAGUAGGAGACAUUUCACAGGAGGCAAUUGGUGAUUUUUGGAGACAGAAAGACUAUAUAUUAUCUCAAAGUCAGCAUUGGAAGGUUAUUAAUAAUUUUAUUGUUGAGAAGGUGAAUGGAAAACUUCAGCUCCAGGCAAAAAUUUACAGGUCACAGUAUAAACGUGAUAAAUCACAUCUCGUUGCCAUCAUGAUCAAAAUAAAUAUGUACAGUUCUAAGUUGCAUACGUUUUCAGGACAAGCCUUUUUACCAUCUUUACCAAGAGUUCCCUUUGGUUUGGUGCUACAGUAUUUACAUGUAAUUUAUCCACGUUUAGUUGGUGUUGUGGUCUACCGCAUAACUUAAUCCAGAACAGACACUUAUCUCAGUUGAGAUGUGGCUUGGGAAAGGGUAAAAAAUAUGGGUAAAAAAAAUACACAACGUUGUCCAGAGUUGCAUGUACCCAUGCACACCGUUUGACCAUUUUAAACUUAAAAUGACAAGAAAAAACAUAUCAAAACGAAUGAAAACUGACUAACUGCAAUGCAUUUCAAUGGACUUGGAAGCAGAGAAUGUCCGAGUGUAUUAGGUAGCUAUGCGCACUGUGAUUGGCUCAUUGCAUUUGGGGGCAUGGCUUAGCCAUAGCUCAAUUGUUGAUGUAGCCUACCGUGAAAACUUGUCCAUGAAAAAUAAGAGGAUGACCAUAUCUUGGUUUUGAAUGUUGAUUGGUCAAAAGGCGCAAAGUUGAUUAAGACUAAGCUUGAAAGAUGGUCUCACUCCCCUCAAAAAAAAAAAAAAAAAAAAAAAAACACUAUUCAGAUCCACACGAUUCACAUAAAUGACAUAUUUUGAUUCAAAACGACAAAUGUUCAUGAAUGUGUCAAUGAACUUUAUUUUUAUGACAUUUGUAAAUCUACUAUAAUGUUUAUUUAAGAAUAUACUAUUGUUAAUGGUAAUUUAUGUUUAUAAUACAUGAACUGUAAUAUACACCAAUCAGCCAUAACAUGACCAUCUGCCUAAUAUUAUGUAGGUACCCCUUUUGCCACCAAAACAGGCCUGACCUGUCGAGGCGUGGACUCCACUAAAUCUUUCUAUCAGAACCAGCAUUCACUUAUUUAGCUAAAAUUGUGAUGACUAGACAAAUGGGUCAGAGCAUCUCCAAAACUACAACUCUUGUGUGGUGUUCCCGGUCUGCAGUGGUCAGUACCUAUCAAAAGUGGUCCAAGGAAGGAAAAAGCGGUGAACCGAUGACAGGGUCAUGGACUACCAAGGCUCAUUGAUGGCCAUGGUGAGCGAAGGCUGGCCCGUGUGGUCCGGUCCCACAGAGGAGCUACUGUAGAUGAAAUUUCUAAAAAAAGUGAAUGCUGGUUCUGAUAGAAAGAUCUAGUAGAGUCCAUGCCUCGAUAGAUCAGGGCUGUUUUGGUGUGAAGGGGGGAACUAAACAAUAUUAGGCAAGUGGUCAUAAUGUUAUGGCUGAUUGGUGUACACAACUUAUAUAACUGUCAUUUACACAACGUAUAUGUAGAAAUGAAUAAAAACUGAGAUGAAUUAAUGCAGUGAUAGUAUUGUUCAUUGUUAUUUCAUGUUUUC